CUCACAGCACAGGCAGACAGUUGAACGUCGCGUUCCGGUCGUGUUGUACGUGUGCGUCGAGCUACGCUCGCUCCGUACAAGUCCAUAUAGUAUGAUCGUGUAAAGUGUCUCACACAUUGACUAUCUUUAUGUUUACCCUCAAAUGCUGGGAUAUACUUCCUACAGGGACUGGUCGCCAGCGGGCGCCACGGCCCAGCAGCAGUUGUCAGUCGUGACCACGGUGUGGGGAGUCACCACGUCUACGCAGUCGGGCCCCCACGGAGGCUUCUCGGGUGGCCCGACACCUGCAGGAAACCCUAACUACGGAAGCAGCCUGAAACAGGGACAGCCCAACUACCAGACGGCCUACAGGCAGACAGGGCCUGGGGUUGGCACCUAUGGAGCCGGCAAUGGCAUGAACGGCAGCGAGGGCGGCUACGGAGGCGGUAAUGCUCUGUCAACGGCUGCGAUGGUAGCGGCUGCGACAGCGACGGCCACCGCCACCGCCAGUGUGGUGGCGCUCCAAGACAACAGUCAAUUCAGCAACCAGCAGUAUUCUCAGGGUUAUCAGCAGCGAAUGAUGCCCAUGAACGGUAUGAACAGCAUGAACGGCAUGAACAACAUGAACCCCAUGUCGAACAUGGCCAACAUGAGCAUGGGCAACAUGCACAACAACAUGAUGAGCGGCAUGGGCCCGAAGAUGGGCAUGCAGAGCCCGGGGCCCACUAACAACGCGAUUUACCCCCGGCGAAUGACGCCCUACCCCUCGCCCGCGAUGCACAUGACGCAGAAGCGGGGGCAGCAGCAGUACGCCACCUCGGGGCCCUGUCCCACCAUGACCCCCAACUUCAACCCCAACGGCCAGUACCCGGGCUACGCCACGCGGCAGCCCACCUUCAACCAGUACCCCACGCAGCAGACGCUGGGACCGAGCGGAAACUUCGGCCCGGGGACCAUGGGACCGGUGGUGCGGGGUGGGGGGACCAUGCGGCAGACCACCCCGCCCUACACCAAUCAGGGCCAGUACUUCCCGAACGGGCCUAUGAACCAGUUCUCGAACGAGUCGCAGUACAUGACCCGGAACGUGAACGGCCAGUACGCCAACAACAACCAGUUCCAGCAGGACGUGGCCAUGCGGAGCAACAUGAACUACCAGCACAGCCCCAUCCCGGGCAACCCCACGCCGCCCCUCACGCCGGCGAGCAGCAUGCCCCCCUACAUCAGCCCCAACCCGGACGUCAAGCCGAACUUCAGCGACAUGAAGCCGCCGGUACCCAGUCAGAAAGACGACGAGCUACGGUUAACGUUCCCCGUCCGAGACGGCAUAAUUCUUCCUCCCUUCCGGCUAGAACACAACCUGGCGGUCAGCAACCACGUCUUUCACCUCAAGCCGACGGUCCACCAGACGCUGAUGUGGCGUUCGGACCUGGAGCUGCAACUCAAGUGCUUCCACCACGAGGACCGACAGAUGAACACUAAUUGGCCGGCUUCCGUGCAAGUUUCGGUCAACGCCACGCCGCUCAUCAUCGACCGGGGCGAGAACAAGUCCUCGCACAAGCCCUUAUACCUUAAAGAAGUGUGUCAACCCGGUCGGAACACCAUCCAGAUCACGGUGUCGGCGUGCUGUUGUUCGCACUUGUUCGUUCUGCAACUGGUGCACAGGCCGAGCGUGAGGUCCGUGCUCCAAGGCCUACUGAGGAAGAGGCUGCUGACUGCCGACCACUGUAUAGCCAAAAUCAAGCGAAACUUCAGCAACACCGGCUCGGGACCUAACAUGGAGCGCGACCGGGACGCCGUGGAGCAAACGGCGCUUAAGGUUUCCCUUAAGUGCCCCAUAACGUACAAAAGGAUAACACUGCCAGCGCGGGGACACGAUUGCAAGCACAUUCAGUGCUUCGACUUGGAGUCGUACCUCCAGAUGAACUGCGAAAGAGGCUCUUGGAGGUGUCCGGUUUGCAACAAACCCGCGCAACUGGAAGGAUUGGAAGUCGACCAGUACAUGUGGGGGAUUUUGAACACCCUCACCAACAGCGAAGUGGACGAAGUCACGAUUGACAGUUCAGCCAACUGGAAGGCGACGAAAGGACUCGGCGCAACAAUCAAGAUGGAGGACGACACUGACUCCUGUGGAGCCAAACGACUAAACAAAGCGAUGUCCCCGGGCAGCAUGACCCUCCCGACCAUGAACAACUGGGACAUGUCCCAGGCGAUGUCACCCUAUAUACCUCCAGACAUGAACAGUAUUGCAAGCGGGUCGAUGAUGAACGGCCCUCCUUCCUACAACAACUCCAGGAGCAGCCAGUACGACUUCGGAUCGACACCUAACUCAGGAAACAAUGAAUAUUCGGCCGGAAACGGGCCCCUGUCGCAUUUGAGCGACUCCGUCAACUCCCUGGACCCCCUCAACGCGAUGGAGAAGAGUUUGAACGAACAGAUGCCUCACACGCCUCAUACCCCGCAUACGCCCCACACACCCCACACUCCCGGAGGCACGCCGGGCUCCGCCCACACUCCCGGCGGCAACGGCCCUCCCAGCGUCCCCCCGGCCACGGAUCACCACAAUAACAGUAAUAGUUCAAACAAUAGUACCAGUAAUAACAGUGGGAACAACGCCGAAAACACAGUUCCUGAAAUACCCUCAGAUUUGAACUUCGACCCGGCUGCUGUUAUCGACGGUGAAGGUACAGGCCAGGAGGCGCUGAAUUUGCUGCCCGACAGCGUGGACCCCAUGGAGCUGCUGUCCUACCUGGACCCCCCCGACCUGAACACGCCGCCCUCUAGCGGCAGCAGCGCAGGGCACGCCAACACUUCGGCCGGCGACGACCUCCUCGCUCUGUUCGAAUAAGAUGAGUUCCUGAGCUCACGACCACGUCUCGUGGUGGACAUGUGAGUGAACAAGUGUGAUAAAACAAUCUUAACGUGUUAAUUAUUGAAGUAAAGGUCUAAAUCAAACUA